AUGCCAGAUGAUUCCACUGCGGCCGCCUCGAUAUGCAACAGCAUCAUCCUGGGCACAUACCCUCAAUCGGAGGAUAUCUUGACCUCCGAACUCUCUGCGCAACUGAUCCCGCCCCUCCUUACACACAUAUCCGAAACGCGACGCGCACUCAGCGAUGAGAUCCGAGCCACAAGUAAAGGAGAGGCUGGCGAUGUUGACCAAUGGAUACUGCAGGCGAGAAGGGCCCAAGAAGACAUCGCGAGAUGUAAAUUGGAAUCACAAAGGAUUGUCCAAGAGCACAAUCAAUUACGUGCCUUGAGAGAUCAGGCCACAGAUUAUCAGUAUAAGGUUGAUCUCCUCGAGGCUGAAAUCGACUUCACCGAGAGACUGAAGCAGGAGUUUGACCACAUCGCACUCGUGAGCCAAUCUUUGAAGGGCGUUGAGGACCUCAUAUUACAAGAUGAUCUCUUUGGUGCAGCGGAGAAAUUACACCAAUUGGAAAGCGACACCCCCCAUAUAGCCAGGUCAAAGGCUUCUAUAUUAGCCCGAGAUCUAAAAGACGAGUUGCGACUCAAAACCCGUGUCAAUCUUGAAGCCAAAUUGAAUUCCCAGAUUCAGGUGCAGAGAGAUGGUCAGACGGCAUCCCUUGAAGUUCAAGCCUCCGAAAUUGGCGACGCCUCCAUUAACUCUGAUUCCAUCUUGUCCGCUCUGAGACAAGUCGGCGAUCCCCAGGACGUCCUUGAAGCCCUAAUAGAAAAGCUCAAGGCAUUUAUCCUUAAUCCCUUGCGGCCUUCCUCCCGACUAAAGCUGGCAACUUAUGAGGUCGGACCAUAUAGCAUUAUACUGCGGCUUAGCAAAGACAGCCCUUCCUUUGAUGCAGUGUUCAAUUUUGUUUCUGACCUGAUUGAAUUCCUCCAGUCUUCGAUCUCUAAAACCGUCCGAGCAUCAGCCGUCUCCUCGAUUUUCCCAGACCUCAUGGCACUACUUGUCACUCACUGGCUAACACCAACUCUACCUACCGACCUCACCAUGCUGAGUAAGCUAGACGACAUACGCCAGCAAAUGCACCGCAUUUUGGAACAAUUAAAAACCCUUGGUUGGCAAGGGCAAGUUGAGCUGCAAGAUUGGGAGGAAUCCCUCAACCGAGUCUGGCUUAAUAAGCGCAAAGCUACAAUCUUGGAUGCCGUGCGAAAAGGUCUUGCUGCAUCUAAAGGAGUUCUUCGAAAGGUUGAGAGAGUAGAGAAGCAAGUCCUCUCCACAGAAAUGCAUGAACUCGAGGACUCAACCGAUAAUUGGGAUGCUAGCUGGGAUGACGAGAAUAACGAGCAUUCUGCAUCGGCUGAUAUCUCCAAACCUACGGAUGACGACGAUGCGAGCGGUUGGGGUUUUGACGAUGAAGAUGACGCUGGGGAAAAGGCUACAGAAGACAAGGAUAUGCGAGAAAAGAAAGAUGAAGACGACGGCGAGGAUGCGUGGGGUUGGGAUGAAGACCGCCCUGUUCAGAUCAAAUCAGAACCGACGAGCAAUUCUCUUGAAGCUCGACCGAAUGGUGGCAAGAAGGUUAAGGUUACCGACAAAGAACAUAUCCUGAGUGAAUGGUACAGUAUCAGCGAAGUGCCAGACCAAAUGAUCGAUAUAAUUUCUCAAGAACUCUCUGACGCCCAGACGCUACAAGAAGCUCACCACACUUCCUUGAACACAACCCUGCUUUCCCGAGGCCUCUUAGCCUUGCCCACCCUGGCGCUCGCAAUGUUUCGCGCAACUGCACCCAGCUACUACGGCGCUUCACCCUCACUGACCGAUAUUCACCGCUACAACGAUUCCCUGUACAUUGCCGAACAACUCCGCAUCAUUUGCAGCCCCACAACGAACAAUACCACCAGUAUCAUCUCAGCGCCCAAUCUCGACGCAGACAUCCAAGCUAUGGAGAAAUUUGCGCGCCUGGCGUAUUCCAAGGAAAUGGAGACCCAGCGCCUGAUCGUCUGGGAUCUGCUUGAAGGAGCACAAGGCUUCACCUCAUGCACGCAGUUCCCGUACUCCCAGGAGAUAGAGAACGCGGUGCUGAGCGUCAUUGACCGGGUACGAGUGCUCCACGCCGAGUGGGAGCCGAUCCUAAGCAAAUCACACCUAAUGCAGAGCACGGGGGCGAUCCUUGAGAUGGUAGUCGGCAAAGUCAUCUACGCAAUUGAGGACAUGGACGACAUCUCGGAGCCCGAGUCGCAGCGUCUGACGACUUUCUGCCAGCAGAUCGCCGCUCUCGACGACCUCUUCCCCCACGACGACACCCUCACCGGCCACCCCGUUUCCACCACACCCGUCUACGUCCCCAUCUGGUUCCGCUUCCAGUACCUCAUCCAGAUCCUCGAGAGCUCCUUGGUAGACAUCAAAUACCUCUGGACCGAGGGCGAGCUGAGCCUCGAGUUUAGCCAGAAAGAGGUCGUCAGUCUCAUCCAGGCCUUGUUCGCAGAGAGUCGCCAUCGCAGAGAGGCUAUAAAUUCCAUCCUUGCGAAGAAAGGUCCCUGGGAUCUGUGA